AUGCAGUUCACUUUUGUCGCUCUUACUCUCUUCGUCUCUGGAGCCUUUGCUGCUACUGCUUCCACUGAGGAAUACCAAUCUGACCUUAGUACUCUUGAGGAUUCUGGUUGUCAGACCGUCAAAUGUGUGGCUUCUCUUGCUGCUGACACUGCUGCUUGCGGUGCUGCCGCUGCUGAGGUCGGUCUUGACCCCUUGGCUGAUCUUGCAUGCUUCGGCUCCGUUGGUGCUUCUUAUGCCAACGACGUCUGCGCCGGUUGCUUCUAG